AACACCAUCUUUUACACUAUUUUCCACCAUUACUUUUACCUUCUAUGUCACACUUAGUUUUUGAGUUUGCAUCAGCAAUCUGAAAAUUAUUGAUGAUUUCAUAAUAUACAACAAUGGUCUUAAGAGGACUCCAGAAAACUACAAUCAAAUGUUCAAAUUCAUGGUCACAAGGAUUGUUGGUUUUCAGCCAUGGAAGCACUCACAGAUGGACGCUUAAAAGAGGCCUUGCAAAGCUUGUAUAUUGAGCAUCCUGCGAGUGGAAACCUUCCCAAUAUCUAUGCACGUCUGUUGCAAGGAUGUAUCGACAUGAAAGCUCUGUCAGAUGGCAAGAGAAUCCAUACCCAUAUGAUCAAAUGUUGUUUUCAGCCGCGUACGUUCCUCUGGAACAGGUUAUUAGAAAUGUACGCCAAAUCUGGAAGUCUGACAGAUGCACGCCAAGUGUUUGACAAAAUGCCUGAGCGAGAUAUAUUCUCCUGGACUGCUAUGUUCGUUGGUUAUGUCAAGGAUUGCAACCUGAAGUGGGCACGUCAAUUGUUUGACGAAAUGCCUGAACGUGAUGUGGUUUCCUGGAACGCAAUUUUGGCUGGAUAUGUUGAGCACGGGGUUAAUGAAGAGGCAUUGAAUUUGUUUGGUUGCAUGCGGGACACCGGUAUUAAGCCAGACAAUUUCACAUUCACCAGCAUUCUGAGUGCGUGCUCAAGCCUUCAAGCUCUGGAACAGGGUAAGAAAAUACAUGGGACUAUAAUAAGACUUGGGUUUGAAACGUUUUUGCCCGUGAGCAAUGCGCUUGUAGCAAUGUAUGGGAGAUGUUAUAGCAUCGAGGAAGCAUGCCAAGUGUUUAAGAAAAUGCCCGUGCGGGCUGUGUUGUCAUGGGUAACUAUGAUUACAGCGCAUGUUCAAUGUGGAAACGUGGACUAUGCACGUGAAAUGUUUGAUAUAAUGCCAGAACAGAAUAUUGUUUCUUGGAAUGCAAUGCUUGCAGGAUAUGCUCAGCAUGGGUAUGGGGAAGAGGCUCUGGAUUUGUUUCGGACAAUGCAGAGGACAGGAAUGCUGCCAGACUGCAUUACUUUUGUGAGCCUUGUAAGUGCAUGUACUAGUUGUGAAUCUUUGGAGCAUGGCAAGCAAGUCCAUGCUCAUGUUAUCAAAAGUGGCUUUGAACAAUACGUACCUAUGGGCAAUGCAAUUGUUGGCUUUUAUGCUAAUUGUAAACAAAUAGAGGAUGCAAACUGUUUUUUCCAAACGAUGCCUAAUCGGAAUGUAGUUUCAUGGAACACAAUGAUUACUGGGUAUGUCAAACAUGAUAGAUUAGAGGAUGCUGAGCAACUUUUCCAUGAAAUGCCCACACGAAGUUUAAUCUCAUGGACUGCGAUGAUUGCAGGGUAUGCUCAGCAUGGCCACAGUGAGCAGGCCUUGAACCUUUUCAGUCAAAUGAAACUAGAAAGCAGCAAACCAGAUCAAUUCACUUUUGGCAGCAUUUUAAGUGCUUGUGCAAGCUUGUCAGUUUUGGAACACGGAAAACAGGUUCAUGGACAUAUUAUCCAAACUGGAAGUGAUUUGUAUGUGUCUGUAAAUAAUGCUGUUAUUACUAUGUAUGCAAAAUGUGGAAGCAUAGAAGAUGCCCAACAAAUGUUUAAGAGCAUGCCAGAACAAGAUACGGUCUCCUGGAAUGCAAUAAUUGCAGGAUGUGCACAGAAUGGAUUUGGGAAAAAAGCCCUUAAUCUUUUUGAACAGAUGCAAACGAUAGGCACAGUUCCGAACCAUAUCACCUUCAUUGGCGUUCUCUGCGCAUGCAGCCAUACAGGUUUGGUGGAAGAAGGUUGGCGUCAUUUCAUUAUGAUGAGUCGAGUUCAUUCCAUCAAACCAGAAGUAGACCAUUACACUUGUAUGGUUGACCUUCUUGGCCGUGCUGGGCAACUUGGUAAGGCAGAAGAACUUAUAAACAGCAUGCCACUUGAACCAGAUACCGGUGUAUGGGAGGCAUUGCUUGGUGCCUGCAAAAUCCACAAGAAUAUGCAACUUGGAAUGCGAGCAGCAGGAUGCCUGAUUGAGCUGAACCCACAAUGUGAAGCAACUUAUGUCUUGCUGUCAAAUAUAUAUGCUGCAAAUGGGAAGUGGGAUGAUGUAGCAAAAGUGAGAAAAAUAAUGAAAGAAAGGGGGAUAGCGAAGAAACCAGGUUGGAGUUGGAUAGAGAUCAAGAACAGGGUGCAUGCUUUUAUAGCCGGAGAUCGAUCACAUCCACAAACACAGGAGAUCUAUGAAACAUUGGGGAGAUUGACUGGAAAAAUCAAGGAAGUGGGGUAUGUGCCUGAGACAGAUAUUGUGUUACAUGAUGUCGAGGAAGGGCACAAGGAAGAAAAUCUGUCUUACCACAGUGAGAAGCUGGCUGUUGCAUGUGGUCUAAUUAACAUGCCAGAUUGGGUACCCAUAAGAGUUGUGAAGAAUCUCCGUGUGUGUGGUGAUUGUCACUCUGCCAUGAAGUUCAUCUCUAAAGUUGUACAGCGAGAAGUUGUUUUGAGAGAUAUCAAUCGCUUCCAUCAUUUUAAGAAUGGAUCGUGUUCCUGUAGUGAUUACUGGUGAUGCUAAGUUAAACAACAUAUUUCAACCUACUUCUAUUGCCAAGGUUAAGUUAUCUCAUCAAUUAGUUUAGAAGGAAUCAACUGAAGAUUUUGAUAUGGGAAGGCAGCAAUCUUAAAUUUCAAAUUGAAUGCAUAUGAAAAAAAAAGGAAACAAACACUAAAAAUUAUUUGAAUCUAAAUUACCUGAAAAACCCAGGAGUGUGAAACCAUGGCUCUAAAUUUAAACGUGUUUCUGACCAACAUAGAACCAAAAUCGAAACGAUGCUUAUAACAGACCAUCCUAGGUGUAAGCAUCAUGAAAAUGCUUAAAAUGUAAAUUAUAGCAAUGCUGGGAUUUGGAGAUCAUAAUUGCAGUUCUGGGAGUACUGUUCGCAGCAGAUAAUCACAAUUACAUAGCAAGCACACAGCACGAAGUCAGUAAGUGAAUAAACAUAACAAAUUAAUCAUAGUUGGAAUAGUAGGUGCACAGAGUGCUGAACUUAGGAGAACCUUCCUUUCAAUUUCCUAGGGUUCGCCGCAUAUUUUUCAACUCUAUGUUCAGAUGUAACAGAAGGAAAAGACGCAUUAAUCGCAGCCAUUGACUCUCUUUUUUCACUCCUUAGCAAAAUGUCUCGUGAAUGAAUAUGAAACAAUAUUAUCUCUGAAUAUGAAUGGAUUAGAGAGAAAUGCACCAACAUUACUCUAGUUCACUUUCUUAAUUCGACAUUUUACAAAGGUAAUUGAUCACGAAUAUUCUAAAAGCAUGCAAGUUUGUGCCAAAAUUUUAUAGCAAGGCAAGCAAAGAAAAAGGGCAAGUUUGUGUCAAAAGUGCAUUACAGUUUUGUUUCUCAGUCUCACAGGUUUGUUCAGUAAAAAAAUAAAAAUAGCAGAUGGGUUGCUCAGUUAACUACUGAUUACUUUUGUUUUAAGAAAAAGAAGUACGAUGAGCGAGAAGAGCAGAGGGUUCGAAUGAGCAUCGAGCGGGAGUGGGGAGUGCUUGGAAGGGGGGACGACGAAGAUGGCGACGGUGAAGACUGUUGUUGACGGCUGGGGAAAUUCUCCAGCUAUUGAGGAGGACAUUAAAUUAUUAGAUCUUUGGUUGGAUACGUGUAGAAGCGUUGGCUCUGCUGCUGCUUCUAAAAAGUUUGCGUGCAGGCAAGAGUCGUUGGGGACUUCGGAGGACGUCUUUCUGGGCUUCUUUGGCUCCUCACACCUUGCCUUGUGAAUAAGUGUGCUAUGUGAGGUGAGUUCAGGGUCUGUUGUGGGCUUCUUUCCUCUGGUUGCUCCUAGUGUGGCCUCCUCUUCCGGCGACGGCGGAUCUUGGUGGGUUGAACUCGGGCUUCUAUGGGGUUCGGCAUUCUGACGUGCUCCCUAUCCUUAUGGCUUGUGUAGGUUCUAUGUUUUCCCAGUCUGAGGGGACUAUCCUUCCAAAAUUGUUCCUUCAGCGUUUGCUCAGGAAGUACCAAAAUUCUUGACAAGAUUAUUGAUAGGUUGACAUCCAAGUGGUUGAAUGCUCUUGUUGGGGAGUCUUUAGGUGCUAUGCCAAAGGUGGAUAGUUUCAAAUCUUGGGCAAGGAGAGUGGAAUACAGAAGAUGUGAUGGAGAUGGUUGUUCUUUCCUUUCGCUUCAUCAUCAUCUCAUUCUCUCUUAUUGAUGAUGGUCUUCAAACCCUAGAGGGUGGUCCUUGGUUUGUUGGCAAAUUGUGUCUGUUCUCACAAAGUGGGAACCAGGUUUGGAUCUCUGCAGUGUUGGCUUUAAAAAAGUCUCAAUGUGGGUCAGACUUCCCGGCCUACUAUUAGAGUACUGGGAUGAAUGGGAUGAAGAUGUGUGGAAAACCAUACCUUGUUUCUGGGUGAUCUGAUAAUGUUUGAUGAGGUGACCAGAUCUAGAGAGUGUUUCCCAUAUGUUAGAUUUUGCGUCGACUUUGUGAUCGAGAAGCAAAUCACUUUUUUCUCAAAGCUCGGAGAAUGGGUUCAACAAAUUGAAUAUGAGGGGUCCCUUCAAUUGUCACAAGAUAGGACAUGUUAUUGUUGUGUGUAGUUUUUCCUUGGUGACCAUAGUUAUUCUAAGAAUCUACAAGCUCCUCCUUUUCCUAGUUUGGAGAUGGGAAAUGGAGAUUGUCUAAUUGUGGACAAGACAGACUCCUCUUUGAAUGUGAAAUGUAUUGGGAGAAGCAAAACUCUCUUCCUCAAAGCUCGGAGAAUGGGUUCAACAAAUUGAAUAUGAGGGGUCCCUUCUGAUGUGCCACAAUUGUCACAAGAUAGGACAUGUUACUGUUGUGUGUAGUUUUUCUUUGGUGACCAUGGUUAUUCUAAGAAUCUACAAGCUCCUUUUAUUCCUAGUUUGGAGAUGGGAAAUGGAGAUUAUCUAAUUGUGGACAAGACUGACUCCUCUUUGAAUGUGAAAUGUAGUGGUUCAAUUGAGGCUAUAGUUUGUGCUCCUCCUUUUGGCUCUUUGUCCUUUGGUAAGAAAAAUGAUGUAUCCUCCUCUUUGUGUUCAAGUGACCUUGCUAAUCCCAUCCAAAUGGAGUUUGAUUUGAAAAAAAUAUUUUAAAGCUAACUCAAAACAAAUCCUUUUAGUUUAAACCGCCAAAAGUGGUGGUCUUGUUCUUUGUUGGCUUCUAGCCAAUUGCUUUGUGGUUCUCUGUGUGGGGUGUUGUGGCUUCUUGUAGUGCUAUGACUCUUAGUGUUGUGUGUUGU